GCCGAGUGGACCAGGGCCGAGCAAUGCUGUGUUACGGCUGGUAAUAGUUACGUUGUGGUUGCCUCUACUGUCGUGGCAAGUGACAAUGUAAUUGUGACUGUCAGUCCCUAGUUUAAGCAGUACUAGCGAUAAGAAGUUGGUUACGUUGUAAACUGCAUGCGUGUGCCUGGAAAAAUUGAGAGGUUGGAUUGAUUUAAUGUGUAUAACCGAUAUGUAAGCUGCACAGUUUAUGUCCUGUGGGUUACGCCAAAGCAGGACAUCAAGGAAGGUGCUCUGAGGUGACUUUAUGAAAGCUUCAACCAGCGCAAGCAGCCAGAGCGAUGAGCCAUGGGACAGUGGAAUCCCCAAUGGGGGCCGCUGUCGUCCUGCGGGAGGAGCCGUCCAAGAGGGCAGCGCCCGUGCAGAAGCAGAGUUCCUUCCAGGCCGACGCCAGCGCAGAACAAAAUCGCCCUCCGGUGCACGGCGUUGCCGCCUCCACCACCACUGGCACCGCCACCGCCACCGCCACCGCCACCGCCACCGCCACUUCCACCACGAGAGCCGCCUCCAAGGAUGCUGAGAAAGCUGUCACAAUAUCCAACAAACCAUAUUCGGCUCGAGAGGCCCUACAUUUCGUGAAAGAGACUUAUGUCAAAGAAGGCCUGUUGAGCUUGUGGCGUGGUAAUUCUGCGACAAUGGCGCGUAUCAUUCCGUACGCUGCCAUACAGUUUACUGCCCAUGAACAAUGGAAACGCGUUCUUCAAGUAGACCCAUCGAGUCCUCCUGUUCUGAGACUAUUUGCUGGCUCACUGGCUGGUGUCACUUCACAGUCAUUAACGUAUCCAUUAGAUUUGGCCCGUGCAAGAAUGGCUGUAACACACAAAGAAAAAUAUGGUACUCUACGUCAGGUUUUUGUGAAAAUUUGGAGAGAAGAAGGACCCCGGACUUUCUAUCGUGGCUAUAUUCCUACCAUUUUGGGAGUAAUACCAUAUGCUGGAGUGAGCUUCUUUACAUAUGACACAUUGAAGACUCAUUACAUAGAGUACACAGGGCACAAAAGUCCCAAUGCAGUAGCAAGUCUACUCUUUGGUGCUGUUGCUGGCAUGCUGGGUCAGUCUUCCUCAUAUCCUCUUGAUAUUGUAAGGCGGCGAAUGCAAACAAGUCCAUACCAUGAGUCAAAGUACAAAACAAUCCUGGGAACUCUUACUACAAUUUACAGGGAAGAAGGCAUACGACGAGGCUUUUUCAAAGGGCUCAGUAUGAAUUGGGUGAAAGGACCGGUGGCAGUUGGCAUUAGUUUUGCUACUUAUGACAAGAUUCGUGAUAUUUUGCAUCGAGUAGUGUUGAUUGGACACUACUAGUUUGUGCCUACUUAGCUUUUCUAUGGGGUAACACCCAUUAGAGUUGUGUGAUAGUGUGUGUAUUUAGAAAAUGUCUGUCAUUGAAAAUGAAAAAGAGGAGAAGGGACGAUUUUUAGUUGUUAAAAUGUGACACUUUCAAAAGUCUGUUUUAGUAGCUGCUCUAUAUAAAAGUUGUAAAGAUAAAUUUGGGCAAAACAUGUAUUCAGCUUUCUUUUUUGGAUUAUGUUCAAUUCAUUAUCAGUUAGUGAAUUAAACAUUCAAUCUACUUGUUGUGCUCUUGUCUUAUUCAAAUCUUAACAGUUAAAUGACUUGAAUAUAAUUUGCAGUUGCUGUUACAGUUCAUCUUUUAGUAAGGAAGUAGAUUUUCAACACCCUUCAGAAUUUUAAAAUUUGAACUUAGUGUGGUUUCCAAUAUUUCCUAAGUACUAAUAGAUUUCAUGAAAUUUUUGUGAAUUUAAAGAAAAGAUUUUGAUUUGGUAUUCAUUCCAUAAAUGUCACUUACAGCAACCUUUAUUAGUUAUAAAAUCAUGUAUUAUUUAUUCAGAUGAUUUAUUGAACAUUCAAUGAAGAAAUUUCUUUGUGUUUAGUUAUUUGACAUGUCCACAUAGGACCAAAUUUAUCAAGUCAUAAAUUGUUCCAAUACAUCAAAUUAUAAAAUGGUGCUGAUCAAAUGGAGAAAUUAAAUAAUGACUGUACAGUGUUUUUUCCUCUCCAUCUAUUUGUAUGUAUUUAUAACAGUUUUUAAUUGUUCAUAGAAUACACUUAACAAUAGUUAUAAAAUUUGACUAUACUUAUUGAUUUAUGAAUUAAAAUUAAGAAAUAAAUUUCUAUAAUUUUUUUUAUUUACACAAUUAAUUCAAUAUCACUGUGUAUAUAUUUUAUUUUAAAUACUGCAUAAUUUGUUGACAUUUGGUUAUUAUUUUCAUACUGGUUGAAAGUUCAAUGAAAAUAUAAACCAAGUAUGUAAAUAAGACUUUGUUGAAAUGCAGUAUUUAGAGCACCAAAACUUACUUCAACUAGAAGGACAUUGUAUGUUCUUGACUCUAUAUUGACCAGCUGAGUGUAUUGGUGAAUGACCGUUUUAGGAAAAUUGUGUUUAUUUCUUUGUGACAUUGAUACAGUACAUCGAAAAUAAUGUUUAACCUUUGAAAUUGCUCUCCCUUGAUUUUAAAAAAAUCCAUGUGCCAAUUUCUAUUUCAAGUUUAUAAAUGGGAUGUGAAUUGAAGAAUAGAGGAACGCUAUUUCUCAAAUAAAAAUGUUCCUCCUAAAUAUAACUCUUAGAAAUGGCCAUUAUCUUCAUUAAAAUAUUCUUCUUAUAUAAUAGACUUUGGAUUUUGUCAAAAAAAACAUAAUUAUUACAUGAAUGUAUUAAAAAUUGGUAAUAUAUAAAUAAUUUUUUAGGGCAUUUUUGUAAAUCAAGUCAAGCUGAAAUUAAGAGAAUGUUUAUUUUCCAAUCAAACUUGUGUGUUCUAGUCAGCAUAUGUUUACUUCGUGGGUGUGAAAAGGCAAAAUUAUUGCAUAAAAAAAAAUAAUGUAAAGUUCAUGAUUUUUUGGGGUUUGAUAAUAAUAAGGCAUUUUGUUAAUUUCCUUCAUUACCUCAUGACUGACCAACCACCACUGAUGUCAGAUAACUCUGCAAUGUAUCUUCUUAAAGGAACUAUGAAACAUUAAAUAUAAAAUUGGAAGUGAAAUUGUAUAUAUUUUAUUUCAGUUAUAAGCAGUAAUUUAGCACUUUACCUUGUAUAAAUUUAAAAGUUGGAUUCUUCUUCUCUGUUGGACUAGUAUUCAAUUCUCAUCCCCAUUUUGUAAACCUUAUGAGGUAUGAAUUCUUAUUGAAUUGAGGGAAAAAUUAGUGUGGUAAUUUAUUUUGUGUGUUCUGUCCUACAGUUGUCUGAUAUUCUAAACAUUUUUCAUACUAUUGUAAAUUCCACUGGAAAUCACAUUUAGUUGAAUAAUUUUAAAAGUAUAAAAUUGUACAUGUUAAGACAGAAUUGAAAAAUACCUCAUUACAGGGUUAAGUAGCAGAAGUUGCUACAUGCACACAAUGUGUUCUUUGAACUUUGUAUAUUUUGAGAAGUAUAGAAAUGAAUGACUGAUGUACUAUAUAUCUGUAGACCUAGUAAACAAAUGUUUAUAUCUGAUUUUGUUUCUGUAAUUAGUUGCUUUUAUUUUGUUAGAAAAGUGAAGUUAUUACAUAUUUUAUUAAAUAUUUUAUAGACGUAUGGAAAUAUUUAUUGAUGUUGCUUACUGUUUACAAGUCUCUCAAAUACUGAGAUCUUGUAAAUAUUUUUGUUAGAUGAAAUAAUUUUUUUUUUCCUGUAGAUAUUUCAAAAUACAUUUCUUUUCAUGUGCGUGUUUGUGUUAGUACCCCUUUGAUAUGAGAAAGUAAAUGUCUGUCUAUUGUGUCCCCCUCGAGUAGAAUAUAAAUUGUUGAGAAGGGACAGCAUAUAAUUGAAUUUCAAAAUGAAUUAUUUGUAUAAUUUUAUAAAAAGAAUAGUCUAUGAAAGUUACCAGAGAUGUGCUCAAAUUAUUCGUGUGGUACUUGAUUUUUGCACUUAUUAUGUAAGAUUAUUACAUCAAAAUAAAUAUAUAAAUUUCAAUUAAUGCCUUAUAAUUGCUCAUCUUCUAUUUUACAAACUAAUAAUAAUAGGUGAGAAAUUCCUUGUGGUCAUAAAUUGUUUCCUAACUUCACGGAAAAUUUGGAGUCUUCAAGCCCAUCUCAACUACAGAAUAGGGUUGAAUUUUCAAUGAAAAAUACUGUUGAGUGACAUGGAAACUACUUAAAACUGCACAAGUGAAAGAAAUGUAAGCAUAUAUGUAUAGAUAUGAAUAAUACGUACAAGAUACGAGAGCUUCCUUCCAACCCAGCUCAUUGAUUGAGUGCAUGCUUGACAGAUUUACAUUUGCUCAUUUCUGUAUUUUUGCUCUUCUCCAGUACAUAUUUUUUUGAGAAGUACACUGUACACUGGAGGAAUCAAAAAGUAAUAUGAACCUUAAAAUGUACGAUUUCUCGUGCAUCUUAUCAGCUGCUUCACUGGGCUUGGUAUCACCUAGUGCACAACUCAUAGUAUCACCAUUGAGGAAUGAGACUCUCUUCUCUGUUACAGGAAUUUUGAAUAAUAUACAAUGUUUGAAUUAUUGAACAUUAAGUUACUUUUGCUGUUUCAGAAAGAAAGAUUAUUAUUAAUUGAGGUUUUCACUGUGUUUAGUGGAAUUUGUAAACUGAGAUGACCCAUGGAGAGACCCUGUAAACUGAGUAAACUGAUAUGACCCUGUUCCUUUGACCCUCACCUAGCAAUGCAACUGAAUUUUAGAUCAAUUUUGUACCAAAGAAAAAGUUAAAAAUGUGUUGAGGUAGUCUUCAUAUAUAAUUUGUCUAAACUUAUCUGCAUGCAAUAGCUGUUUAAUGAGUGUUCACAUUUAACUUAUAAGUUGAUAUUAUGUACCGGUAUUGUUUGUUCUGGUUCUUGUGAAAAUGUUUUGUUUAAAUUUUUGAAAACUGACAACAAUUGUGUGGGUGACUUCUAUUUGACUCCUCUUGGAACAUAAUUCAUGCACUUCAUUAUUUUCCUCUUCCAUUCCUUUUAAUGUAAAGGCAAUCUAUGACAAGUUCACUGAUAUAAAAUUAGUCACAAUUGUUUUGUAUUCACAAUCAAGAGUUAAUGCCAUAAAAGGAAAUAAUUAAAUGCUUAAUGUAAUAUAUACACUAUUUCAUUUAAACAUAGUUGUUUCGGAAGUCCCUAUUUGUUGUCUUAUAUUUUCACUGCACAAACAAUUUUGAAUGUAGUAAUAGGUAUUUGUAUUGAUCAAAAAUAGGCAGUUCAUAAUUUUUCAGUUACAUAUGCAUGAUCAGUUGUAAUAAAAUUAUAGUAAAUCAUCUGAAAAAAAAUUGUAGUUGAGACAGCCAAAGCAAAAAUUUGGGAUUACACUUUCGAUUUACUUUUAAAAAAGGGUGAUAAAGGUUACUUCAAGAAGGUGCAGGUAUAUUUUUAAUGCAGUAUUAUUAUUCGUUAUUUUUCAAACCAGUUUUUCACUUUUGGAGAAAAAUGAAUAAAAUAUCAUUUAUUGCCAUCAAAUAAUUACCAAUAUUUAUACAGAGGCAUCUUUGAAUGCAAAAUCUGAUUAUCCUUACAAAAUAGAACAUGAACAAAAUUUUAAUAUGCACAGUAUACUACCCAUCCUUUUAUAAAUGUUUGCAAGUUACAUACAACUACUGCACAUAAUUUGAAUUAUAAUUUCUUGAUUUUUUCUGAUCUUUACUACUGAAAUUCUUCCAUCUUUACUUCUCAUAUUGUCAUCAUAGAUUUAAUUCUCCUAUUCAAUACUUUCAGUAAUUUUGUGACUAUAUUUUCUCUCAAAUUUUCUUCAAGGUACACACAAUGAGCGUUUCCAGGGCCAGAUCCAGCCAAUCCUUUGGAGGGGGGGGGUGAAGUAUCAUAGAUUUUUCUUAAAUAAUA